GGUCUUUGACAGUUGACGUCACACUCGCUAUAGUCGCAGUGUAUUGUGGGUCUAAUCGCCAUUUUGAAGGUAUAUAACUCAAGAGCAAGCGUUUGCGUCCGCCAUUCUCCUUUGUAAGAUGGGAUACUCGUGUUGUGUGAAAGGCUGUCAUACGAAAUCACAUGGCAGAAAGGUGGACCACAAGAUAAGAUUGUUCCGGAUUCCCACUUGGAAAAGAGAAUAUGGACGGCAGGUAGAGGAGGUAACAAAGAGGCGUCGGAUGGCCUGGGUCGCAGCGGUGAGACGCAAGGAGAUCACGUUCAACAAGAUAUCUCCGUUCAUGCGUGUUUGCUCUCUGCAUUUUCAUAAAGGACAACCAGCUUAUGAAAUGAUGGAGACUGACCCUGACUGGGCACCAUCCCUACAUCUGGGGCAUACAUAUGUUACACCCACAGACAUUGCACGCUUUGAAAGACAAAGUAGACGUGAGCAGCAACGGAAAGAGAUACUGCAAGCAGCAGAGAUGGGGGUCGACAAGGAUGCAGAACUUGGAGAGCUGCAGAGUGAGGAUGGCACACCAGAGCCUGGUGGUGAAAGCAGCCAGCAACAGACUGAGGAUGGGACACCUGACACUGGAGAAGAUGGUGGUCAGCUAUAUGCCGAAGAGUGGACACAUGAGGCAGUAGGAGAAAGUGAUGAGCUCAUCACUGAGGAUGAGAUACAGAACAGCAGUCAUGACGUGGCACAGACUGAAUGUGAAUUGUGUGUGCUCAGGCGUGCAGAAAUAAACCACCUGUUGGAAGAAAACAGAGAGCUACGACGUGAACUCAAUGAGUGCAGGAUAUCUGAUGAUUUCUUUGGAGAGGACGAUGAAAAAGUAAAGUACUAUACAGGUCUGCCAAACCUGGGAACCUUUAUGGCAUUAUUCAGGUUUUUGGUACCUCUCAUGCAUGGUCAAAGGAAAAUUCUCACCCCAUUUCAAAUGCUCCUGUUAACUUUCAUGCGCCUUUGAUUGGAUCUGCCUCCACAACACCUAGCUCAUCUGUUUCGGAUUUCCCCAAAGACAGUGUACAGAACAUUCAAUGAAAUGGUGUCAUUUUUACAUGCAAACUUGAGCCAUUCUAUUGUAUGGCCAGAGAGAGAGACACUGCGCAAAAUUAUGCCUCAUGAGUCUGUGGAGGCCUUUGGACACAGAGUGGCAGUGAUUAUUGACUGUUUUGAGAUUUUCACUGAGAGACCAUCAAAUCUGAAAGCACGUGCCCAAAUGUUUUCCAGCUAUAAGCACCACCACACUAUGAAAUACCUGAUAGGUAUUACUCCCAAGGGAGCCAUUUGUUUUUUAUCAAAAGGCUGGGGAGGUCGUACAAGUGAUAAACAUAUAACGCUGAACAGUGGUUUUCUUGCUAAUCUGUUGCCUGGGGACAUUGUCUUGGCUGACAGAGGUUUUGACAUACAGGAAUGUGUGGGCAUGUUGUGU